AGCAAGCAGAAGCGUCUAUCUCGUUCAUGUAUUACUCAUGUUUUUACCAUCAAAAAGCCGGCAGAUAGUACUACCGCUACGGCUACCGUCGCAUACUAGUCUAGGCUCCAACUACUUGUAACCAGAAUUUCUGUACAAAAAUUGGUACCUCCUAGCAACCACGAGGAUGUCUACCAGCUCCGUUGGGUCUUUGUUGCGGUUGGAAUCUCUUCGCUCUCGUCGUCGCAAAGUGUCGGGGAAUGGAGGCUCGUCCUCUGCCAAAAGCACGGCUUUGCACAGUACCGACUACGUCGUGGAGCCGCUCGCGGUGCCGGGUCCUCCGACGAGGGCCACACGAACGCUUAAGCAGGAUCUUCACUCUAGCAGAACAAAAUCAAGCACGACACGCACGAAAAUAAACCAUCACGUGCAGCCUCACCUACAAAGAAAAAUCAUCGCGCAUGUGGGCGACGAAGUCGAAGGUCACGGUCACGAACGACCGCAACAAGCACAUAGUGAAUUGCGAAACGCUUCUCCCGCAGACUCACCGGCAGAGCUGGACGAGGAUGAAAGUGGAUCAGUUCCAGCAGUGCGACUCGUCCCCGAUGAAGACGGGGCGGGCAAGCAGUUGCCCGGCACGACCAGGGCUGCAGCAAACCACGAAAACAAUCACCCACGCAGGAGAGGUAUUAUCGAUCAGAUUUCCACCCCCGACUCCUCUUGUUCUACGACUGCUCUGCCGGAAACCGACGACGUCACGACUGACAUACCGAGCGGCGAGACCUUCUGCACAGGCUCGACCACUUCAACUUCUCAGAGCUCAACCCCAAUUCCAACGAGACAAGAAGCGAGCGAACUAGAAGAUAAAGGCAUGAAUCGUGUGGUUGUGUCCACCUCCGAGCAGAUGAACGAGAAGAAAAGCGAAGAUGAUGUUCUUGACCCAGCGAUGGCCAUCGAGUCGGAGUUGCUGCGGUGGAUCGCGUCCUGCGAGGAACACUAUCAAAUGCAAAGAUGUCUGGGUCUGGAAGGUUCUGCAACUUGUGACGCUGUCCGUGGAUUCCAAAGAGAUCUGUAUUGCAUGACCAGCAAGAGCAGCCCAGUUUGCGCUCCGCGGCGGAGAGGGCACUCCAUUUCUCGUGCGGAGUAGGGGUCACGAAGCACUCUAAAAAUCUGCGAUGCUAGGCCAUGCAUUACAGGCAGCAUGGGUCAUGCAAUUAUCGGGGUUCGCUGUGGUCUCAGGGCGGCGUCGCGGGUGUCCCCUAUACAAACAUAGAAUCCGCAGAAAACGCGUCCCGGGUACAUUUUGCAUUCCAUGCACAUGGAGGGCGCAAGCCUCAUGCCAUACCAUGCAAAACAUGCACCAUGAGACCAAGACGUAUUUGCAAUGGAUAAACUACAGACGUCCCCUUCCGCAACUGUGGUCGACAAGAAAAAGAGGCACCGAGAGGCGGACGAGAUAAAAACACAGAGUGUAGAAAAAGAACCCACGUCCUCUACAGCAGGGUCGUUGUCGUCUGCGGCCCUCACCGCUGCGGUCGACACUUCUGCCAAAGAGGAACACACCGAGACGUCUUUGGAGACCAAGGCGCCUUUAGAGGCCGAUGGUCGAGACGAACUACAAGCAGAACUCAUUCAAAAUGAGCGGCCGUCCUCUGCCACGGAAGACCAUGACGGAGAUAAAGAUCUACGAGUGGCUGUGGCAGAAAAUAAGUCCGGAAAAAACAGCGGCGCUACGUCUGGUGUACUAGAAAAUAAGAUGGACCGGCAGGUAAGAAUCGGUAAGGUCGCACGCACCAAAGAUGCGUCUGCGAUGUCAUCGGAUGAAACGUCGAGACCGCAGCCAGUCUCUAAGCAUCCGCUAGCGGGCCGCGAAGCGAAGAAUAGAGCAUCAUCCGGAGGUGGAGCCGCUGCUGCAACACCAACUACAGAAGUCUCGUCGACACCACCCUCGCGGCAACUACUAGAACAUCAAAGGUUUUCUAUGGGAUGGAUUCAGCGAUUCAAAAGUAGCGGAUUCAAAAAUUUCUUAUCCUUCAUCUUGCAUUUUCAAAACCUGAAACAAAAUAUGAUCACUUUUGUCAUGAAUUUUCGCUGGUUUCUUUGUCUUUCCGAAUCGUCGCCAGAAAAGGUAUGAAAUUAAAUAGCUAGGUCAGUCUCAACUUGAACUAGAUUAUCAUUUGCAUUUGUCAUGCCAAAAGUGAAAAGAUAAUUGGAGUUUGCACAUGAUCAUCAAAAAUCAAACUAUAAAAAGUAUAGGCGACUCAAAAAUUUUUCUUCAACCAUUUGACAUCUUAAAGCUGUAAAACAAAUCGAGACUUAUUGUUGUCAUGCGUUUUUGAUGUUUUGUUCCCGGUUCCGAGACGUCGCCGAAAAGAGUACGAAGCCAAACAUCUAGCUCGCUCUCAACUUGAAUUAGAUAGAUGGGCGACAUCUGUCACGCAGAAGAAACGAGUGGAAUUAAGCAGCCCCACAUAGUCGAAAACGAAAGCAGUCAAAAAUAUAAGUGGCAGCAGCGCUGCUAGGUUGUCCUGGGGAAGACAUGCGCGCCACCUGUUUGAAAGGGGCCCUGCGGCCUAUCUUCAAACCGAAGCGGCUACACCGCCGGACGUAGUUGCUUCUGCUAGGUGGCGGCGGGCAGGGUUUUGGGCCUGCGCUCAUGAAAGACAAGGACCAACCCAAAAAAGACAAAAAAAAAUAAAAAAAAAAAGGCCGCUUUGACAGCAAACAAAACAACAAGCGCAGCCUGCGCUUGCUUUGUUGUCUCCACGAAGCCGCAAACCCCGGGCCGAAAUGCCUUGGGAUAGGAGCGCAAGCUCUAAACCCCACGGCCGCUACGGCGUCGGAGGGUAUGUGCCCAUGGAAAGCUUCCAAAGAGGGGCAAUCUCGUGCGCCAUUGCACCGGCCGACGCCGUCGGGGCUCGAGCGCCAACCACGCGAAGGGGGGCCGCUUGAAGGUAAAUCACGAGUAUGGUUUGGGCGUUUCUGUGUGCCCCAUGUGGCUCGAGAAGGUGCAUGUGCGAGGCAAGCUAGGCGCGCAAAGGGUCGCGAGGGAUCGUGGCGGCCCCGGAGCUAACGGUCGAGCAGUUCGGGUUGUAGAGCGCCGCUCCACAGGGGCGCGAAGGGCAUGGUGGUGAAGGUGGGGGCGCAGAAAUGUUGAAAAAAGGCGCCACAGCGCCGCGAUUCGGUGAAAAUGGAUUCGUUUUCGGUUCCCCGACCUGUAUCGGUGGUUUUCGUUCACGGAGGGCCUCCAUCCGGACCUCUAUCUUGGGAACCAUCGAGAGCCGGUAUCACGACCUGACGCUCGAUCCAGAUAGAGGUCAUCUUGGGCCGCUUUUUUCCCCAAAAAAGACCUCAUUUGAAUCGCUCCCUGCAAAAAUCCAGCUUUUGAGUACUGCCCGCUUGAUAGUUGCUCCAAAAAAGCAUCUUUCCAGCAAUUGCGCUGCACUUUUUGGCGCUUUUGCAAUGGCGCAGCGCCUGAUGGGCAGCUGCAAUGCUUAAAGGCGGCGCCCCAUUUUGCUGCCAAAUAAAGCCGAACGUCCUGCCGAAGAGAAAUAACAAGAACCACAGGCCACCAUCGCGAAAGCUAGCGGAGCUUUUUCAUUGAUGGCGAGGUUGGAAUACACCUCCCGGCCUCUCGCAGAUACCUUCGGAAAAGGUACCGAAGGGCGCCGGGGGUUGCGCUAAAGCAGCUGCCCACGACAGCCCGGGCUCUUGCCGCGUGUUCAUUGGCGUAUUUGAAAAAUGCCAAGGCUCUGCACUGACAACGCCGGGCGCCUGGAUAGCUCGGGGCCCCGGUGCUCUUCGGUUUUGUUUUCAAUCUUGUGGCGCCACGCAUUCAAGCGUUGCUGCUGUGCUUAAGGCUAUAGCCUUCGCAGGCCACAGGGCUCUUAGCUCAGGCUGCGACCAUCCUGCCGCCCCCCUCCCAGAGGCAUUUUGGGCGCCAUUUCGCGGACCGCAACAAAGAGAAGAGACAGAGCAGGGGUCUAAGGUAGUGCUGAAAUAUUGCGGGACUGGGAGCGAAAGUAGCCGCAUUUUCUUCGCCGGUAGGCUCGUGGCCCCUUUUAUAAUAUUUGCCACCACACGACGAACACUGCGCGGAAGGCAGCUGCGCCUCUUUGUUCUGUGGCAAGAAGGCAACCAGCUCAAGAGCAUCCACGUAGCUAGUUCAAGUUGGGACUGACCUAAAUGCUUCAAUUGCAUAGCUCGCCGCUAUCAUUACUGCCGCUACCUGACUUCGCGCCGUUUGCUGCCGAAUCCGGAACCGUUUUUGGAGUGAAAAACAAAAUGCAUUUUAGUUGAAAAGGCGACGCACUUUGCGAGCGGAGCAGCACAAUCUGUGGCGGAGCAGCUGCGCAAUCCUUAUUUUUUGCUACCAAAAAAUGAAAUAAGAAUGACACCAAUUUAGCUAGUUCAAGUUGAGACUGGCCUACAUAUUUCAAUUGCAUAAAUCGCCGAUCUCGGUUUCGCCGCGACCUGAAUCCGCGUCGUUGCUGCCGAAAUGGAAACCGUUUUUGGAAAAAGAAAUGACAUGCAUCUUCAAGGAAAAGAAAUUUUUGAGUCCGCUACUUUUGAAUCGCUGAAUCCUUCUCAUAUUUUCCUUUGCUAGCGAAUUGGAAAGCCUUGCAGAAGCGGACCGUGCCCGCGUCGCAAAUGUCCAGUUUCUCGGGGGAAGUGAGUUUCUGGUCAGCUUUGAUCUCAUUACAAAGUCGCCCGGUUCUCGUCGCACCAUCGAGCAACCUGCAAUAAAGAACAACCCCCCUGCAGCACCCGGCGACGCUGUAGUGGUGAAAGGAGCUCCUGCCGCCCAAGACGUCGCCGCAUCUCCUCCUGCUGUAACUGGCACCACGACUGCUGCAACCAGCAUCAUGCUAAAAGUGUAUCCUGAAAAGUAUCCGCGCACGCGGGACUGCUUCGCUCUACGGUGCAUCGAGGACGGCGCCGAGUUCUCCUAUUCUGCACAAUCGAAAAUGGCCUCGUCGCGACUGAAUCCCAACGUGCUGCAAGAUCGCGUCAUGCGCCACCACGGGGGUGUAAACGCACAUCUAGUCGCGAGGUGCAUCGAGAGCCUCCUCGCCGAACUCGACCGAAUCACUUCUGACGACCGAAAGAACCCCGUUGAUGCGCGCGGGGCGUCAGGCGCGCGCGGAGGCACGAAAACUUCUGCCGCUUCAGUGUCGUGUACAACUCGUCCAGGACAAUCGCGUAGUGGUACCCAAGAAGACGAAAGAAACAAAGAAAAAGAAGAAGACAGUGACGGCAACGGAGAAGACGAGGUGCAAGCGCAGGACGCUGAGCUUCGACUCGAGCAGUGGCUGCAAGGCGGGGACCUGGAGUUGGAAGCCGUGGGCCUACAGACGCUGGACAUAACGCAGAUCCAGGCCAUUCUUGCGGCUCGGAGUACUGCGCUAUGAAAGUGGUGCAAAACUCCCCUCCCCCUCAUUUGUGAUGCAAAAAAUUCCCAAACGCAGCUGCUGCUGCUGCUGCCUUGAGCUUGUGCUUGAGGCACUUAGAAUUGAAAUUUCACACGCCCAAACUGCCCUACACUCGGCGCAUGAAUUUGUCAUGCACAAGUUCCAGGGUCGCUGCCUGGUCUUUGUAUUGUUCGUUGCGCAUGCUAUACAAAUGAAGACGAGGGCGAGUUGUGCGCUCUCAUAUGCGCCGGAGGUUGAGCACUAUCAACGCUACGUGCCGAGGAAGCGACGAUUGUUUGACGAAAACGACAAGGAUGAAGGAGAUGAUAUGUGACUUGGUUGUUCAGGUUCUGUAGAAGGACUACAUUUUGUGUCUGUCCGAAAGUAGACUUUCGUUUCUCAAUAGCAGAAACAAGAAUCAAUGUUGCAGCUCCUGCAGUUUUAAGGAUUUUUCGAACCGAUGCGGCAGAGGAGCCAGAGGCAGUUGAGAGAAGUGUUCCUUCAAUAAUUGACACAUCCUUCGUCUCGUCCUUUUGAUGCGCUAUUUUUGUCGUGGACGACAGUUUUGGUAUUUUUUUUCCAUGAGCGCGCAGACGCUG